ACCCAUAAAACAAGUUAAGUUAAGGGACUUUCUUAAAUGACACUUCCCUCUCUCUCUCUCAGUAACUCUCAGACAUACACAUUUUUAUUUUGUUUAUUUCUAAAGAAUCUCAGAAGAUAUCUAAUUCUAUCCUCUCUGAUGUCAGAGCAUUGCAACUCUCGGCACUUCUCAUGGCUGAUGAAAUCUUGUUUACCAAAUCCCUCCGACGCCAAAUCACUCGUUCCGAUUCACCAACCGUCGGCGAAUCUUUCUACAACGAUAGCUUCUCUACCUGACGAUUUGCUCCUCGAAUGUAUCUCCAGAGUCCCUUCCUCUUCGAUUCCUUCUCUCUCCGUCGUUUGUCGCCGCUGGUCUCGUCUCCUCCACUCUCCUUACUUCCUCCACCUCCGCCGUCGUUCAGGUCUUCUCCGGCAUUCUCUCAUCGCUAUCUCCGCCGUCGAUUCUGGGCUUUUCGCCGCGGAUUUGCAGUUUCUUCAGUCCGAGGUCGCGACUUGGAAAGUGUCUCUCGCGGUUUCGAGUAGGUCUGUUGACGGUAGUUAUGGAAGUUUGUCCCAUGCUCGCGCGGCGGCGAUCGGACCUAGGGUUUAUGUUGUUAGUAGAAAUGCUGUUUUGAGAUACGAUUCGUGGAUGGGGACGCUUGUUUUGAGAUCUCCGAUGCUUUUCCCGAGGAAAAAAUUCGCAAUCGCGGUGGUUUCGGGUAAGAUCUACGUUGCCGGAGGUGGUGGUGGUUCGGAGGUUGCGGCGGCGGUUGAAGAGUACGAUCCGGAGUUUAAUCGGUGGGAAGUUGUGACACAAUCGGCGAGGAAGAGAUACGGUUGCAUCGGAGCAGCUGUGGACAAAGUUUUUUAUGUCAUCGGUGGUUUGAAAAUUGGGAACGAGACCUCACGCGCGGUUGCGGCGCGUGUUUACGCUAGCUCUAUGGAUCUUUUCGAUGUGGAAUCGCGUCAGUGGUUGAGGAGCCGUUCGGUUCCUGGCGGUGGAUGUGUGGUGGCGGCGUGUGCGGCGGUUGGAUAUGUGUACGUGUUAAGCAGCCACGCCGUGGAGCUUUCGUUCUGGCGAUUUGACGCGCGUCGCCGCGGUGGUAACAGCGGGUUCGGAGAAUGGCGGAGGCUGAAAAGUCCGCCGUUGCCGGCUCAAGUGCGGUUAGACGGAACGGUGAGGUUUAGCUGCGUCGGAGUGGAAGAUAAAGUGGCGGUGGUUCAGGUGGUGGGAUGCAUUGACGAUUUGCUCCGGCGAAGUGGGAGGAGUGAGCGAGGGCUGAGAGAGAGCCUUGUGUUGAUGUACGAUACGGUGGAUGGAGAGUGGAGAAGAGCGGCGGAUCUACCGGAGAUGAUUACACGCGCCGCAUGUACGUGUGUGGAGUGGUGAGAGUGGAGACAACGGCGCAGGAUUAAGGCUAACGUACGCGGGAUUUAUUAAAGUGGACAAAAACAAAAUCAUUAUUGGAUUGGUGCACAUGUUUACUCAUGAAAAGCAUACAGCGUCUUGGGCUCGUGACCUUAUUGGCUCUUUUGCGUUGCUUUCCCAAUAGAGAGAAACAAAACUUUUACUUAUAUCUUUGGAUUUGAACUUUAUUAGAUUAAUUGUGUGUAUUCUUAAUUUUGAUUUGGAGAGAGAGUGAUCAAUUACUACAUUAACAAGUUAAUUUACAAAACAAUCAUUUAUGAUG